UGAAAUACACCUUAGACAUGUGCGUGAAACUAAUAAAAAUAUAUGCACUGAACAACAAUUAAAACGAUUUGUUGAGCGUGAUGAUGUCCAAUUACGUGAAAAUGCUGGUCCGUGGACUAUUUUAGAUCAAUUGGUUACUACUGAAUUAAAAGAGCAAGGAAAGGUUCUUUAUUAUCAGUGUCAUGAUACCUCUGUUUCAGAAAACUGCUCUAAACAUUACUACCAAUUGACAGUAAGCGAUGAGACAUGGCUUCAACAAGACCAGGAUUGUGGGUUUUUCUGUUUUGAAAUAGAUAGAAAGUACGAUCUAAAUAAUGAGAAAGCACCUGUUCUUUCUAUAGUUAUUGAGGAUGAAGCCAGAUAUAGGUUCCCAUCGGGAUUUGGUCUUAGUGACAAAGAAAAUCAUCAUACAAUAUGA